AGAUGCUUGAGUUGAAAGAACUUAGGUUCUUGAGGAAAUGAGACCUUAGAAGACUUUACUGCUGCAGAAAACAAUGUCCAAAGCCAGGAGGCCGAGACUGGAGAAGAGUCAGAAGCAGGAGACGUUCGCUUCGAGUUCGAGCCCCAAACCUACAGAGGUCGUGCCCAGUGAACUCUCAUGGAGUCCAGAGUUCAUCCGGGAGCUUCUUCCGUCUGCGGAGCGAACAGCUCUUUUCUAUCAUCUCUCUUACCUGUGUUUGGGAAACUUCCCAAAGCUGGAGCGUCUGAUCAGAGAACGAGCUCUGGACACACAACUGCUGUUUGGAUCCUCUGAAGCUGUUCUGUUGAAGUGUGUUGGCACAAGUUCCAACCUGGUCUCCUCCCUGUUCCCCAUGCUGAUGACGGCGGUUGAGAAGAACAAACCCGUUCUGGCUGUGAGGUACCUGGAGAAAGCCAGAACAUGGAUCAGUGACAUCAUUAGAUCUGUGGAUGACAUGGUGAAGAGGUAUGAUCAACAAAACCGAAGUGUGGCGACGUGCACCAGUGAUGUGAUUCAAGAGCAGAAAGAGACCGAAGGAAAAAUAACGAGCAACACUAAGGAGAUGGAGAGUCUGAAGGAGGCCGUGGACAAGCUUGAAAAGGAGCUGAGGAAACACAACAGAAAUAUGGAGGAAUUAGAGAGAAAAAUUGAAGACAAAAACCGCGAGCUACAGAAUCACAUCACAAAUUCCAGCAAAAACCGCUUCGGUAUCCUGAGGGCCUUGGUGCCAUUUUUUGCAUUCGUUCAAGAUAUGAUAACCACCCCUGCGAUCGCUGCUAAAACUCAAUCUCUCAACGCCGACCUGUCCUGUCUCAACUCGGAGAAGAGCAGUCUGCAAAGCAAACAGUGGAUGAUUCAAGUCAGACUAACUGAUCUUCAGCUGAAGUUGGCCACUUCCAAAAUACAGCUGGGUGUGAUUCCCAGUCCUGUCCACCUGGAGGACGUCCAGCAGUGUCUUUCUCGAAUCCAGCAGAUUCUGGUUCAGCUUCAGAAGUUCUGGGAGAAAGUAGAAACUCUGCUGGACACUCUGAAGGAGAAGACCUUUGUUAAUGAGUAUCUCAUUGAGGACCUGGAUGACAUGAAGGAGGAGUUUCUGACCUCCAUUGAAGCAGCAGGAAAGUGCUGGCAGAGAUUUGGUGAAUGCUGUCAGAGAGCACAAGGCAUCUUCAGUGUUCAGUCUAAGGAUGCAUACAAGUUCCUGGAGACGAAUCCUUCCUCACUUUCGACGGAUGAAUGGGAAAAGCAGCGCAAGUCUAUCAUGGAGAGACUGAAUGAGAUCAGCCCGCAGGGGUCGUCUAAAGUCGCCAUCACUGAGUGACACACAGAGAGACAUGAUUAAAGAAUUAACUAAUUCAUCACUUUUUACAAUGAGAUUUACUAAUGCAUAGAUUCUCUAAUAAUGUCUAAUGUAAUGUCUUUACUGUUCUUGAACUAGUUACAAUUCUUUGUGAAUUAUGUAAAAUCUGGUUAAAAUCACUCUGUGGUAUAUAAUGUAAGAUCCAUGUGGUCUGGCCACACUGCAGAAAAAGAAUGAAUUAAUAAACAAACAGACAAAUGGAAAA